AUGUCUAAUAAUCUGUGUGAAGAAGCAAACAUUGGUGUUGAUCCAUGGUGUGUCUCGGUAGACACAGCUAACAACAGGUGGCGAAAGGCCUUUACUAAGAAGAGUCAAAACAUUAUUCCGACAACAACUGAUCUUGUGGAUGAAGUCUGGAAGAGCCGUCCACCUUCUGAGAUGAAUCCAGUUCUUGUUCAUCCGUUGGAGUUUGAUGGCCGCUCUGUCUCCAAGAAGUUAACAAAUUUGAGAGCAAAGCUUAAGCAAGAGAGUGUGCGAGUUACAGCCGACUCUGCGUUCCUCUAUGUGGACAAGAAGAAAGUAUCCAGUGAGACGAGUGAGUAUUUCAAAGGGCUUGGUGUAGAGGUCAAGGAGUACACAGAUGUGAUCUCAGAUGUGGCAUUGCUUGCUUCGGAACAACUCUUUUCAUCAUUCUCAUCUAAAAGUGAGGCUACUAAGGACAUGGAGAUUGAUUCUGACCAGACUGAUCGGUUGUGUUAG